UACAUCCUGCAAACAUGUCUUGGGAAGUGCUGCCAGUGGAGGUACCAGGAGCAGAUACUGAAAAUGUGUCUCUAGAACCGCUGCCUACAGAGGUGCCACGAGUAGAUCCUGAAAAUAUAUCUCUCGAAUUGCUGCCCGUGGAGAUGCCAGGAGUAGAUCCUGAAAACAUGUCUAAAGGAUUCCUGCCCAUGGAGGUGCCAAGAGUAGAUCCUGAAAGCAUGUCUAAAGGAUUCCUGCCCAUGGAGGAGCCAGGAGUAUAUCCUGAAAACAUGUCUAAAGGAUUCCUGCCCAUGGAGGUGCCAAGAGUAGAUCCUGAAAGCAUGUCUAAAGGAUUCCUGCCCAUGGAGGUGCCAAGAGUAUAUCCUGAAAGCAUGUCUAAAGGAUUCCUGCCCAUGGAGGUGCCAAGAGUAGAUCCUGAAAGCAUGUCUAAAGGAUUCCUGCCCAUGGAGGUGCCAAGAGUAUAUCCUGAAAGCAUGUCUAAAGGAUUCCUGCCCAUGGAGGAGCCAGGAGUAUAUCCUGAAAACAUGUCUAAAGGAUUCCUGCCCAUGGAGGAGCCAGGAGUAUAUCCUGAAAACAUGUCUAAAGGAUUCCUGCCCAUGGAGGUGCCAGAAACACUCUAUUACACGAAAUCAGGGAAGACCAUGAUGCCAUCAGAUGCACUAGAGGAUGAAAACUCAGGCUUCGAUCCCUUGGGAGAUGGUGAACAGCAAAAAAGGAGAGAUGACAGUACUGUGCCAGACCAAGGUGAUUUCAAGAUAGAAUCCUCUCCUUGCUUCCUGUUGACCGUAAGGAUCAUCCGGAUGAGAAAUCUCCAGCGAGUAGAUGCCUUAAGCCAGGCUGAUUGCUACGUGUCCUUGUGGCUGCCAACUGCGACGUGUGAAAGGUCACGCACUAAAACUGUGAGAAACUCCGACAAUCCAGUGUGGAACGAAACCUUCUACUUCAGAAUCCAGAGCCAGGUCAAGAAUGUGCUGGAGCUCACAGUGUAUGAUGAGGAUUUUGCUACUCCAGAUGACCAUCUCCUCUGUGCACUCUUUGAUACUGCUAAACUUCCACUUGAAAGGACAGUGAUCCUGUACUUCAAGCCUAGCCCAAAUGCCAAGGAGGAGCUAGAGGUUGAAUUCAAAUUGGAGGUCGCAUCUGGUCCUCAUGAAACAAUUGCUACCAAUGGAGUGCUGGUGUGUCGUGAACUUUGCUGCUUGGAAGUGGAAGUGGCAGAGAAGACGAUGCAAAAAUCAAAGAAAGAGCUUUCCCUCACUGUGAAGGGCUCUUUUGAGGGGACACAGGAUAUUGUGCUGGGCCCCAAUGGAGUCGUCAGCCCGUCAUGUCCCACCGAGUUCCACUACAUCAAGUAUGCGGAGCCAACGCUGGAUGUCAUGCUGCCAAAGAAGAGGCACUACCACCCUUGGUCCUGUAGGUACAGUACAGAGACGGGCUCCCCAGUCGUGAUGCUGAACUCGCUGCCCAUGGGAAGGAAAACGACCAUUGCAGAGGAGAAAAGAUUUGAUUUGAAUGUGACAGCAAAAACUUGCAAUUGUUCAUGCCACCAAGACCUGGACAUGCGCUUCGGGUUUAACUUAUGUUCUGAAGAGAUGGCUUUCCUGGGGAAGAGAAAGAGAUAUGUAGCCAGUGCUCUCAAAAAUGUUUUUCACCUACCAUGCGAUCUGCAGGAUCAAGAAGUCCCUGUUGUGGCUAUCAUCACGACAGGUGGAGGACUGAAGUCAAUGACAGGAUUGUAUGGCAGCCUCAUGGGACUCAAGAAGUUAAAUCUCCUGGACUGUGUAACAUACAUCAGCGGGCUGUCCGGCACCACAUGGACCAUGGCCAACUUAUACAGAGAUGCCUACUGGUCACAGAAGGACCUGGACUCACAUAUUGGUGAAGCCCAGAAACAAGCAACGAAGUGCAAGAUGGGCUGUUUCUCAAUGGAUCGCAUGAAGUACUACAACAAGCAGCUUUGCCAGAGGAAAGAAGAGGGAUACAGGACAUCAUUUAUAGACCUUUGGGGUCUCAUGAUUGAGUACUUACUGAAUGAUGGGAAAGACCCCCACAAGCUUUCAGAGCAGCAAGAAGCACUGUGUGAUGGCCAGAACCCACUGCCCAUCUAUGUGUCAGUCUGCGUCAGGGACAGUUACAGCACCAAUGAUUUCAAAGAGUGGGUGGAGUUCACUCCCUACGAGGUGGGACUUCUGAAGUACGGCGCGUUCAUUCGCACGGAGCACUUCGGAAGCGAGUUCUUCAUGGGCCGCUUGUUGAAAAAGCUCCCCGAAUCCCGCAUCUGCUACCUUCAAGGUAUGUGGAGCAGUAUAUUUUCGGUGAACCUGUUACAAAUAUGGGGACUGUCGCACAGUUCUGAGGACUUCUGGAAGAGAUGGACACAAGACAGAAUAGAAGAAGUUGAUGAAGACCCAGUGUUGCCCACAAGACCCCACGAGCUGAGGACUCGCAUGUACACCCCCCCUGGCCCCCUGUCCAGCGCCCUUCGGGGAGCACUGACCGACCGCUUCUCCGUCGCCCAGCACCACAAUUUCCUGAAGGGCUACCAGCUGCAUAACAACUACAUGGAGAACCAGCACUUCUGUCGGUGGAAAGACACUGUGUUAGACACACGUCCCAACCAGCUAAUGCAAAAUUCUGAUCACCUGGGCAUGAUAGAUGCUGGAUUUUUCAUCAAUACCAGCAGUGCACCACUUCUAAGGCCACAGAGGGAAGUGGAUGUCAUCAUAUAUCUAAGUUAUACUACUGGAUCACAUACAUCGUCUCUAGAUAAGGCAUGUAAAUACUACUCAGAACAGAAAAUCCCCUUCCCAACAAUUUCUUUGACUGAUGAAGAUAAGAAAAAUCUGAAGGAGUGCUACAUUUUCCAAGAUUCAGAUUUGCCAGGAUGUCCGAUUGUAAUUUUUCUUCCCCUUGUGAAUGAUACCUUCCAAGAGUACAAAGCACCUGGUGUCAAGCGCUGUUGCUCAGAGAUGGAGGAAGGCCAACUUGAUUUGACCAGCCGCUGUUCCCCGUACUGCAUGUUCUCAGUCAGGUACACCGAUGAGAACUACCGCAAGCUGCUGAAUCUCAGCGAGUACAACAUCCUCAACAACUCUCAGAUGAUUAUGCAGGCCUUGCAGACAGCGAUGCAAAGGAGAAGGCAGAAAAUGUGCUGUGCAACCAGCCCUGGAAAACAAAGAGAACCUAAGACACAACUGGAAGCUGGUAUUGGAUCCCUGGGCCAACUCUGUUUUGCAAGUGUCCCAAAGAGCAGCCACAGAGGCUGGAAACAAACCAGUCAGAGGUGGGGCUCUGAGUCAGUUUAUAAUAUAGUUGCUCACCUGCAUAUGAGACAUUUUGAACUCUUGGUGUCUGUGGAAGCUGGGAGAUGUGAGAUUGCAUUGCCACAGAUAACACUGGAUGUGUGUGUGAACACGAGCACGAUGGAUCAAGAUGGCAUUUUGUCUCAGGACCUGAUCUCCCAAACCUCUCAACAAGGAGACGGAACUAUGCAGCUGAAUCCUGAUGGGAAACAGAGGACUUCUCUUAUAAAGAUAGAAUCCUCUCUAUGUUACUUACUGACUGUAAGAGUCAUAAGAGCAAGAAAUAUCCACCAGGCAGAUGUCUUGAGCCAUACUGAUUGCUACGUGAGCCUUUGGCUGCCAACUGCUUCAAAUGAAAAAUUUCAGACUAAAGCCAUCAAGAAUUGCAAAGAUCCAGUCUGGAAUGAAACCUUCUACUUCAGGAUCCAGAGUCAGGUUAAGAAUGUGCUGGAGCUGGCACUCUAUGAUAAGGACGUGGUUACUCAGGAUGACCACCUCUUCACAGUGUACUUCGACAUAGCCAAACUUUCCCUGGGAGAGGAAGUCUUCAUGCACUUCAAGUGUGAUUCACAGAGACAAGAGGAGUUGGAGGUGGGAUUUGCCUUGGAUAAUAUUUCAGGCCCUCCUGAAACCAUCAUUACUAAUGGAGUGCUAGUGUCUCGCAAAAUCUGCUGCUUAGAAGUUCAGGUGGUUGAGAAGAAGACAAAGAAGAAAAAGGAGAAGAAAUCAAAAAAAGAAUUCUCCUUUAAAGUGCAAGGCUCUUAUGAAGGCACCCAGGACAUUAUGCUGGGAUCUAAUCUGGUCUUCAGCUCCUCCUCUCCUGCUAAAUUCCACUAUGCCAGAUACAAGCAGCCAAUGCUGGAUGUUACACUACCAGGAAAGAAACGACCUCCCUCCUCACAGUCAUAUGUGUAUGAUACACGUUCUCCAAAUGUGGAACUUCAUUCCAUUCCAAGUGGAAAAAACAUGAUCUUAGCAGAGGGUAAAGGAUUUGAUUUAUAUGCGAAGGCAGAAGACUGCCCAGACCACCUUGAUGUGCGUUUAGGAUUUGACCUCUGCAUACAAGAGCAAGACUUUCUAUGCAAAAGGCAGAAUUAUGUUAUUCCUGCCCUUAAGAAGGUCCUGCAUCUGGAACAGGAUCUGCUGGACCAUGAGACCCCAGUGGUGGCCAUCAUGACCACGGGAGGAGGGAUGAGAUCCUUGACCGCACUCUAUGGCAGUCUGAGGGGGCUCAAGAAACUCAAUGUCUUGGACUGUGCCACGUACCUGACUGGCUUGUCUGGUACUACAUGGACCAUGUCAAACUUGUACAGAGAUGCUGACUGGUCACAAAAGGAUCUCGACAAGCAAAUCAGUGAGGCUCGAAAACAUAUGACAAAAUGCAAAAUAAAUUCAUUUUCCUUGGAAUAUUUGAAGUAUUACAAAAAGCAGCUGUGUCAACGGAAAAGAGAGGGCCGCAAAACGUCUUUUAUAGAUCUCUGGGGGCUUGUCCUGGAAUCUUUUUUGCAUGAUGGGAAAGACAACCACAGACUCUCUGAUCAGCAACGAGCCAUUGAUCACGGUCAGAACCCACUUCCUAUCUACACUGCAGUUAAUGUCAAGAACAACUAUAGCACUAUGGAUUUCAAAGAAUGGGUGGAGUUCACCCCAUAUGAGGUUGGAUUGCAAAAAUAUGGAGUUUUUGUUUGCGCUGAGGAUUUUGGCAGCGAGUUCUUCAUGGGACGAUUAAUGAAGAAGGUCCCUGAAUCCAGGAUCUGCUUCUUGGAAGGCAUGUGGAGUAGUUUAUUUUCAUUCAAUGUGUUAUAUAUCUGGAAUUUGUCCCAUUCCUCAGAAGAUUUCUGGCACAGGUGGACCCGGGACCAAAUUGACAAUAUAGAGGAGGAGCCCCCGCUGCCGGUGAAGCCGCAGGAGCUGCGGACGCGGCUGUUCACGCCCCCCGGGCCCCUGGGCAGCGCCCUGCGCGCCGCCCUCGCCGACCGCGUCUGCAUCGCCCAGGAGCACAACUUCCUGAGGGGCUUCCAGGUGCACAACGACUACCUGGAGAACACGCACUUCUGCAGAUGGAAGGGUCCAAAACUGCAUGUGACUGGAGCUGAGAGGGCAGAAGAGAAGGCAUAUGGCAAAUCUCCCUUCCCCAAGGACUGUAACCAGUUACGGCUCUGUGGACAUGGUGUAAGGGUGGAAAACAAGCUAACAAGUUUUUCACUAUUGCACUUAGAGCAAAAAAAAAUUUUUCUUUCAGAUACUGUGUUAGACACAUUUCCCAACCAGCUGACACAAUCAGAUGAAUUCCUGUCUCUGGUAGAUACUGGAUUUUUCAUCAAUACAAGUGUCAUGCCACUGUUAAAACCAGAAAGAAAGGUGGACGUCAUCCUGCAUUUAAAUUACAGCGCAGGAUCCCAGAUACAGGCUUUGGACCAGACCUGCAAGUACUGCUCUGAGCAGGGAAUCCUUUUUCCUAGGGUGGACUUGAGUGAAGAAGACAGGAAAAAGCUGAAGGAGUGUUACUUCUUUGAUGGUGCUGAGACUCCAGGAGCACCAGUACUGCUAUUUUUCCCACUAGUUAAUGAUACCUUCCAAAAAUACAAAGCACCAGGUCAGAAGCGCUCAGAGUCAGAGAUGGAGGAUGGCAAAGUUGAUCUCUAUGGCUGCUGUUCCCCAUAUUCAACAUAUUCCCUUCAAUACACUGAGAAGGCGUAUGACCGCCUGGUUCAGCUGGCUGAAUACAACAUCCUCAAUAAUGAAGAUCUCAUUAUACAGGCCUUGCACACAGCAGUGGCACGGAAAAGGCAGAUAAAGAAAUAAUGUCAGACAAGAGAGGGUGCUUUUAUGUUCCUUAACCUGCCGAGAGACUGAAGGUCUCUUUCUAUUAGCCAGCGGGCUUCAAAGCACUCCUGCUCAAUCCCACUAAAUGGUAAUCUCAGGUGAACAAAAAAGACUGAAGAAAACCUUUUUCUCCACAGAAUUUCACUGCAGCAAAUCAUUGCAAUUCAGUUACAACAAUGGAGUAUGAAUCGUCGUAUGGUACAGAGGACGGGCAGCCACAAAGAAGGUGCUAAAAUGAUAAUAAAUAUGGUGCUCGUUGCCCUGAGAAAGAGUUUUAAGUGUUUAAGCUUGACAUCUUCAGGGCAGACCACAUUAAAAGCAUAUUUUAUUAACUCA